GUAGCGCUAGGCGGGCAGGCAGGGAGCCCCCGGCGGCAUGGGAGGAGUUAAGUGCUGCCGUGGCUGUGCCGCUUGUUGAAUGAUCUCACAGGCGCUCGGUGUCACAUUGUUUGUACUUUGUGCAGAAGGAGAGAGGAGGGAGCAGCUGAGGCAGAGACCUGCUGCACCAGCACCGCUCUAAUCCGCGUACAGCACUCUCCUCAUAUCCCGGGGAGGGAAAGGAAGGAGUCAGGGCCGCUCUCAAACCACCCAGCUGCUUGCGGAACCGGGAAGAUGGCGGCUCCCAUCCCCACCAAGCCUGCCAGUGUCGGGGGAGGUAGCAAACCUUCCUCCCCUGAGCUGGAUUUCAGGUCCGGAGCCCGAAUAGAGGAAUUAAACAAACUCAUCCAGGAAUUCAGCAAGCACGACCAGAGGGAAUAUGAUGAUCAGAGAGCCCUGGAGAUCCACACUGCUAAGGACUUCAUCUUCUCCAUGCUAGGAAUGGUACAGAAAUUAGACCAGAAGUUGCCCGUAGCAAAUGAAUAUCUCUUGCUCUCUGGUGGUGUUCGGGAAGGCGUUGUAGACUUAGACCUGGAUGAACUGAAUGUUUAUGCCCGUGGAACAGAUUAUGACAUGGACUUUACUUUGCUUGUUCCCGCUCUCAAGCUCCAUGACCGAAACCAACCUGUUACGCUGGAUAUGCGACACUCUGCUUUGUGUCAUUCAUGGCUGAGUCUUCGACUGUUUGAUGAAGGGACUAUAACAAAGUGGAAAGACUGUUGCACAAUUGUAGACCACAUUAAUGGAGCCACUAACUUUUUCUUUUCUCCUACAAAGGUUGCUGAUUGGUUUCAUGAGUCUAUUAGUAUAGUUCUGUCCGAAAUUCAGAAAAAACCUCAGCGUGGAAUGCCCAAGGUUGAGAAGGUUGAAAAGAAUGGCACUAUUAUUACCAUAAUAUUGGCAGUUGGGAGCAGCCGCAUGAUGUAUGACAUUGUCCCUGUAGUGUCAUUUAAAGGAUGGCCGGCUGUAGCUCAAAGCUGGCUUAUGGAAAACCAUUUUUGGGAUGGCAAAAUUACAGAAGAGGAAGUGAUUAGUGGGUUUUAUUUAGUUCCAGCAUGUUCUUAUAAGGGUAAAAAAGACAACGAGUGGCGACUGUCAUUUGCUCGAAGUGAAGUUCAGCUAAAGAAAUGUAUUUCUAGCAGCUUAAUGCAAGCCUAUCAAGCUUGUAAAGCCAUAAUCAUAAAACUUUUAUCAAGACCAAAAGCUAUUAGUCCUUACCACCUUCGAAGUAUGAUGCUUUGGGCUUGUGAUAGACUUCCAGCUAAUUACUUAGCUCAAGAAGAUUAUGCUGCCCAUUUCCUCCUGGGACUUAUCGAUGACCUACAGAAUUGCCUAGUCAACAAAAUGUGUCCCAAUUACUUCAUUCCUCAGUGCAAUAUGCUAGAACAUCUUUCAGAGGAAACUGUUAUGCUUCAUGCCCGAAAGUUGUCUUCUGUGAGAUCAGAUCCUGCAGAGCACCUUCGGACCGCUAUAGAGCAUGUCAAGGCAGCUAACCGCCUUACCUUGGAUCUCCAGAGGAGAGGGAGUACCACUAGCAUACCAUCGCCACAGUCCGACGGAGGAGACAAUAAUCAGCCUGAUGAUCGCUUAGCCAAAAAAUUACAGCAGCUAGUGACUGAAAACCCAGGGAAAUCUAUCUCUGUUUUCAUUAACCCAGAUGAUGUAACUCGACCCCACUUUAGGAUCGACGACAAGUUUUUUUAAGACCUGCUGAUGGUUUAAGCUGACACUCGAUGUGUAGUUUGUGUGAUGUCUUGUUUUUACAUAUCCAGCUUAGAUUGGAUCUGUUGAGAACAACAUGAACUUACAUUUCCUGUUUCUGCAGGACAUUUGCAUAUUUUGAAACAGUAUAUUACUAUUUCAUAUGCUGCUUUGACAGUUUUUAGUUUUUAAAGGGAGAACAUGAGCCUUAAUGAUCAUUUUAUGUUUGCAAUUGUCUAUUUAAUUUGUAUCCAUGUCAAAUAUUCAUACUUCCAUUUUUGUUUCAUUGGGCUUCCAUUGUUUUACACCCAAGGUUCUUUGCAGUGAGAAAUAAUAAUACCACAAUAUUGGACACUUUAUGCUUGUCUGGAUGAGAAUCUGUGUAGCCCGUGUGUUCUUAUUUGGGGGGGGUUAUACAUUUGUCUAUCUGCGUUCAUUCUCAUAUGUCAUCAUAUGACCUCACUUUAGCAUUUAGCUUUUUAAAAUAUAUACAGUACCCAUUCUCAGGUGCCUCUCAGAAAUUUCAGCCCAAAGACUUGUUUCUGUUUUGUAAAUAUUGCUAUUGAUUGACAUUCUACAAUAUAUGCUAUACAGAGAAAGUCUAGAAUACUUCCUAGCUAUCUCUGUGAACAAUUUUAUAAGACUGCUGUAUACAUCAGAAAAUAGCACUCGGAGAAUUUUUUUUUUUUUUUUUUUUUUUAUUCCAUGGAUUAUUAUUCUUGGGUGUCCUUCUGGCCAGUCAUGGGGAUUGUGCCAUAUGUACUGUGUACAAUCCUAAUUUGGCUUUAAUAUAUGUAGUACACACAAAUGUCUUUACUAAGAUUUUAGAUGGGAUGCAUUCCUAGAUGAAAGACACACACAGAAAAUGUCCAUGGAAAAGUGGUUGACUUCACUAAGUGGGAGACAGUUUAAGGCUAUAUAGUUGUCUUCACUAAGUGGGAGCUUAUUUAUAAACACGGGUUGCUAUGGGUUAAUGCCCAGGUGCAAAUUUGCCCAAUCAGCGAUUAGAAUUUUUCAGCCAGCUGCAGGUUAAACACUGGAAACAAUCGUCUGAUUGGUUGCCAUGAGUUACAGCCCAGGUGCAAAUUUGCCCAGUGUUUAUAAAUGACCCCUAGUGACUGGCACACUCUGGUGCACAUAUAUAUGCCAAGCAGGUACAUUGCAGCCACCAUGUCUCCCAUUCUGUAAAUAUGACCCCUGUGUGGUGCAGAGUCAGACUGUAUGUGCACCUUUUAGCAAAUGGCCGCACCUUAAACAACGGUACAUAUGCCAAGUAUAUUGACACAGUAAACCUAAUGUUUUCCUAUGCAUCAGAAAGCAGGUGCUUUUGAUUUACAAACUUACUAACAACUUGUUAACUACCAUUGGACUGGUAGGCCAGCUUGAAUCGUAAUGCUUGUGUCUUUGGCUAAGUGUGUUUCAGUCGAAACUAUCAUCCAUAAGGCAUGCCUUUUAGCGCAAAGAUUCACAAGUCCCUGCAGGGUAUUUAUCUUAUGCAUUGUGUAAAUUAAUAUCAGAGAUUCAAGAAGUUUGCCAGAUUUCAGGAAAUGCGGUACCGAGUCAAGAACAAACAAACAAGAGUCAAUGUCUGAAACACUGUUUUUUUUUUGUUUUUUUUUGCUAAGCAAAAUGUAAAACAGGGUUCACUAAUACUGUAAAUUCUGCAUAAACUCAAUAGGAAAAAUCAGUCUCUUAAAUGACUUUAAGUCAGCGCUUAUUUGUAGUUUACUAAUAUGUGAGUGCCUGAAAUAAACAUGCUUUAGUUCUGCAUCUCUGUUUGUAGGCAGCUUUAAAGUGGGAAGAGCUAGAAUUAACCAUUAGCCAAUCACAACAUUAGAAUAUAUUUUAAUAUUUUUGCUUUGAAAUUGAGACAUUUUAGCCAGCCCAGACCACACCCAUAAUCUGGCCUAAAUCAGGCAAGUUCUGCUUCCUUUGCUGAUGUGUAAAUUAGGGCUGUUGCACAAACAACAGGAUAGAUAGGUGGCAUAUAUCAGACUAUUUACAGCACAUUAAUUUUACAGAACCAUCUGCAAUUGGAUACAGAAGUUAAAUAUAUGUGUGUUAAAUGCAUGUCAGAAUAAAACAAAGUCCCUAUUAUAAGGAGUCAGCUCUUCAGAUAACUGCUGGUAUAUGGUGCACCAUGUAACUUUGUAUCCAUAAUGUUCUAUGUGUUAACCUGCUGUAGACUUGUUUAGAGACCCUAAAGCACUUUAACAUCUUUUUUUUUAUACAUAUAUAUAUAUUUAAGGAGGUUGUGAAAUAAGCCUGUUCCAAUGGGGCUGCCAAUUAUACAAGUUUUAAAUAAUAUUUAACUACAUGGAUGGGCUAUUUACAAAGGUUGUAUAUAAUACUUAAAGCUAUAGAAAUGUCAGGCAGGACACUGAAGUCAUUGAUGAUAAUGUUUGUUAAUAUAUCAUUUCUUUUUGUUUUAAAAUGUUGGUGUAUUUUUUAUCCAGACAGCUGUCUACUGAGCAUAAGCUUAUAACUGUAUAAAGGCUACCCAACAUGGUAUAACCUUACAGGCAAAGGUUGCCUUUCCACUUUCUAAUCUUUCUAUGACUAGGAACAAUGCAGAGCAGCUCAAUGUAGGGAGACACCUAAUCAUGGGACUAAUGCGGAAACUGAUCUAAAUUUGAAUGAUAAACAUUACCAUGCGCAUUAUUUGCACUAACGUUAAUCAUGUCUUUGUUAUUCUGUAACUUGUCUUUCCUUUGCCAUAGAAUAAAAUAAUUGUUUUUGUAUUUUAUACUCCCUAAGAUUUAAUGUAAUGCAUUCAGCCUGCUCAAGCUCAUUGUUUGUGUGAAAUGUGUGUACCAUGAUCAAACUCAACUGUCAGUCACAAGCUCUGUAUUUUCUUUGUAUGUAUGUGCUGCUAUCAAACUUAAGAUGUACAAAUUCAUAUGCAUUUUUCCUCAAGCAAAUUAAAAAUGAAAAUAUGUAUUCUUG